AUGGAAGAUUCGACAGCCUUCGAGACGUCUGUUCUCUCGUCACUGCCAUGCCGUCGUGCAGAUUGUAAGCAGCACAUUCGUCAGUUUGCGACGAAAUGUUACAAAUGUGCGAUCAACCGCGCUGUUAUGGAUGGGAUUUGUAAGGGGUCCCUUACCAAAGGUCGCACCGACCUCGAAGUCCUUGAGUCUCGUCUCAAUGACGUUGAAGACAAGCUUAAGUCUACGGAAGCAUUUUUGGCAACGGGAGACGCUAAAUCACAGCUCAAGGCACGAUAUACGGCCUGUGAACACCUUGAGACGGAGGCUACAAGUCUCAGCAAAACCAUGGAGGCCGAGAAUCAGCCAAUGCAACGGCUCAGGGAUGCAAUUACUAUCUACCAAGAAUCUGCAAGGGACAAAGUCGCCCCCCUUUCAACCCGAAUGGAGCCUAUGAGAUUAGCACCAAGAGAGCCUGAUAAUGAAAUCUCACUCGACGCACGGCUAAUAUCCAUCAAUGCCCCGGCAGUCGUGCUCAGCGAUAUGUUUAGAGUGCCAUCAUCAACAUUGACUCCAGUGUUGAAACAGUGUCGAGACUUGAUCACCCAGGCCAAUGGAAGAAGUCUCUCUCGUAUCGUCAUCAGAGCAACCAUAUCAUUCGCCAAGAUCGCCCAGCUGGACGCGUGGUAUCACCGCACUCAUCCAGUAGAAACGACAACAAAUCUUCAUCCCCAAGAAGAGUACACGGGUUUUGAGAAAGUCGAAGACCGCACUAAAACUACCCGUUAUCUCCUCAUCGUCGCAUUGAAACUAUGCGACGAACUGCGAAACUGCCCAGAGCUUCAAGAAAAAGUCCGGGAAAUGACCCGUCUCUAUGAGGGGCCACGUUAUGAGACCGUCACUUUAGAAGAACUUCAAUCAAUCAAGACGGCCAUGGUCAACGGUCGAUGGGGAAUCGCUACACACUCUGGGCACUGGUACAAUUGCGUCCGUGGACAUCCAGUGAGUGAAUUCCCAUUUUUCUCGAACUAUCUCGAAUAG